UUUUUAAGAUGUCAGAUGAUGACGACUUUGAUGAGAUCAAGCACGAGAAGUUGUUGGCAAGCGUGUUGGGCAACAAAGAGAAGGUACAAAUUCGUAAAACCGCACCGAAGAUCAGCAGUGAUGUCCUUAUCAAAUCUGUGAAACAAUCUAAGUUCGCUACCGCUUUAGCGAAGCAGAAGUUGGAAGAAGAGAAGAAAGAAGAAAAUCGAGUUGGAUCAAGUCAGACGGUAGCUGUACCUGUACAUCGACAGGCAAGUGAACGGAUCAAAGGAGCCGUGGGAUUCAUCGAGUUGAAGAAAGAUCUCAAAGUCUGGAACGAUGUAGUAAAAUCUAACCGUCUGGCAGAUCAACUUUCAUUUCCUUUAUAUGAGGAAAUGUUGUUAUCAACUGAAAAAGCCGCUGAUAGGGCUGAAGCUUUCAAGCCCAAAACGGAUUUUGAAAAGAAAAUGAUGGAGAUGUGGAAUGGAUCUAAAAAUAAUAUGACAAAUGAUACUGUUUAUACAGAGGCAGAAAUGGAGAUUAUCAAAGCCAUGGAUGUAAAGGAGGCCAAAGAAAGGCUGAAUCAGAUGCAAAAGAUGCGCGCACUAAUCAGUUAUAGAGAAGCAAAAUACCGUUACGCUGCCAAAAUCAAAUCCAAAGGAUACCAUCGUAUUUUGAAGCGCCAGAAGCGUAAGCAGCUGAUCAAGGAGUUCGAUGAGCUACUCGUUCGUGACCCAGAAGCAGCAAAGGAGAAGCUGAUGGAGCUAGAAAAUCAAAGAAUCAUAGAACGCGGUUCGCUCAAGCAUCGCGCUCGAACGAAGUUUCAACAAGAUGUUGUAAAGUAUGCUGGACGCGAUGCUCGUGCUAAGCAAGUGUUGGAAGAACAUCUGAGAUUGGGACGGGAUCUCAAAUCAAAGGUCUCCAUGGAAUCUGAAAGCGAAGAUGAAGGAGAAGAAGAAGAGAAGAAGAAGAUGAGCGUUUCUGACAUGAUCAAGAGUGCCGCUGUAGCAGCAGCAAAAAGCGACAGCGCUUCGACCGGAUAUGAAAACGAAGAAAAGGCAGAGGAAGCGCGCAUCGCUCUAUAUGAGUUGCGAGCCAAAAAACGUCGCGAGCUGGAGGCAGCAAGGACUCGAGCAGCUAAAAAUGCAUCUGAUUCACAACCGACUUUCGAGCAAGAAAGCGACUGGACAUUUGUUCCGCCUUCGGCUGAUGCUGCUGAUCGUGAAAGUGAGGAAAAAUCAACUGCCACUGCAAUGGGAAAGGAAAGCUCUAGAGCAGCAACAGAAGAAGAAAAGGAUAGCUCAGGCGAAAGGAAUGAAGAGAAAGCGGUGGCCAAAGAUAAUGAUUUGCAAAAAGUCGACGCAGAACCUAUAAAUAGCUCCAGCUCUGAAGGUAAAAAAGUGAAGAAAGGGAAGAAGCGGAAGCAAGAGGAAACUAUCCACAAGGAUUGUACCACAAAAGACAUUGACGAACUCUUUGAUGCUGCAGAAGAGAAAGUCAUGAAUGACUUGAAGGAGAUAGCUAAGAAGAUCCGCGAUGAAGAAGAGGAAGCAGAAGCAAAGAAAACCAAAGGUAGACGAAAGAAAAAGAAGGCUUCGAAAUCGACAGAAGAAGAAGAGAAGAAGGACGAAGCCGUUGACAUCUCUUUUGAUCCCAAAAACUUUCUGCAGGUUGAAACAACAAACCUUUCUAAGGUCUCGUCAGAGCUGGUCGACAAAAUGAAUGAGUUUGAUGAAGAUCAAGCACAUGCGGUGGCCGAAGCAUUCAAGGAUGAUGACGUUAUCGGUGAUUUUGAAGAAGAAAAAGAAUUUAUUGAAGAAGGUGAGCGACCAAAGGAUGUUGAUCUUACACUGCAAGGCUGGGGAUGUUGGGUGGGACCUGUCCAACUCUUGAUGCUCUCCAGAAAACUGAACCUGCCUCACACUCGCACUUGUUGA